AUGAGCUACAUGAUGAAAGCCCUUGUUCUACACAUACUGCUGGCCGGGGCAAUUAUGAGCCAAGCUGUUCUUGCCAGCCCGCUCGUCGACCUCCAUUCCCGUGGCACGAUGCCUGUCGAGGCUCUUCCCGAACAACCGGACUACAUUACCGACGAGCUUGACAAGCGCGGCAAGACAGCCCCAAAACUGGCGACGGCGGACUUCCCCAUCAAGAGCUACACCUGCCCCAAGACCGACGCGUAUACGGAGACCACCUACACCUCCAGACAGCUGACGAAGGCAUACAUUGACGCUGCCAAGUAUGCCAACGAGGGUAAACAACUUGGAAAGAACAAGUACCCCUACAACUUCGCCAACCACGACAAGCUACCUUUCGAGUGCGGCGCCAGCAAGCAGGAGUUCGCUCUGGACCGCGAGAAUCCCGCACGGGUCUACAGUGGCGGAGAUGUCAAGAAAUUGCCCGAUCGGUUCAUCCUCGAGUAUACUGGCACAGGCAAGACUGCGAGAGCGCGUUUCUGUGGCGUGAUCCGCCACUAUGAGGAUGGCUUUGUCAAUUGCUCCGCUCGUUAAGAUCAAACCCGAAUUCUUGGUGUGAGUGUGAACUGCUCUGAGAUGAAUGAGAAGAGUGUAUGUAUUGCUUGGAUGAGACUCGAG